UACAUUUACAAGCGUUACAAGCGAAAAAGAGGGUCGCAGAUGAUUAGUUGAUCUGUGAAAACCAUGCUUUGCGCCCAUUCGCUGGUUUCUCUACAUAUGGGCGGGACAUAAAUCGUUAACUACCAAUCACUCUAUGGCUUUUAAAGCUGUAAAAUAAGAAGGCGCUGAUUGGAUGUGGAUCCAAACAAGCUAAAGUUUGUUGAUUUCUAUGCGAUUUGCUGGAAUUAGGAUUUAGAUUUUAGUUUUACUUCUUUGAAAUAUUAGCUAGAUCAAAUUUCUUAAAGUCUACGAAUCAGAUAUUUUUGUAAAUAUGUUAAUAUUUGCCUUUGCUGCCGCAAAUACUAUAUUAACACUCACGUAUCCAACCGUUUCCAUAGCAACAUUUUUCAGAGGAGACAUGGAGUUCCUGAAAUGGGACACUGAAGAUGUUGCAAACUGGAUUGAGUCUAUAGGAUUUUCAAAAUACAAAGCUUGUUUCACCGAGAAUUUCAUCACCGGAAAGAAGCUCAUUCAUGUCAACUGUAGCAACUUGCCAAAACUUGGAAUCACGGAUUUCAGAGACAUGCUGGUCAUCUCCGCUUGCGUACGUGUGCUGCUGGGGAUCACGGAGACCCCGUGGAACAACAGCAUCGCUGACCCCCGGCGGGACACCAUGGCCCUGUUCUUGGAAGUAAAGAGCCGCACGGGAAAAUGGACUAACUCCCUCACCUACCAGCAGUUUUUGUACUACUUGGAAGACCCGGACUACACCCCGGAGCCCGAGUCGGAGCACGACGAGAACGAGGAAGCCGAGGACGACGAGGGCGACGAGGACGACGAGGACGACGAGGACGAUGAGGACGACGAGGGCAACAAGGGCGACGAGGGCAACGAGGGCAAUGAGGGCAAUGAGGGCAACGAGGACGACCAGGACGGUGAGGACGUCGAGGACGACAAGAACGACAAGAACGACGAGAACGAGGAAAACCAACAAUAAAGAGCAAAAAAAAAAAUGUAAAUAUAUAUAAACAAAAGCAUCUCUGUGUCAUUUCCUAUCAGUCUCAUCUGAUGACACAGAUGAGACACUUACAGUAGGUCAGAGACGGGCCCUGACAUUAACACUUCCCAGCAGCAAAAUGCCACUGUUGUCAGUGCGGCCGAUAAACAAAAAGAGAAACCUUUCAAGCGCGCUUUCUGCUGGCUGUCCGCGUGUGUUUAACAUCGCUUCAAACAGGAUUGAGCCGCUGGAAAUUUACCGACUAGUGGGUGAUCUCACGAAAUGAGAGAAACAACAAAGACUGACUGCAUUUUUUUUCUUUUUUUCCCCCAGAUCUAUCCAUCAAAUUUUGCGAACGUAAAACAGCAUAAAUCAACUGAUCAAAGGGGCUCCUGCCAGCCUGGUUGUGGAGAAAUCCCCAAACCACCUGUAAUUCUCAUUGAUCUUGGGUGAAUGUCAUGGAACUGGAUUAGUUAAUUGAUUCCUGGCGAUCCUUGGGGUAAUUUUCAGGAUGAUGUCAACAAACGGCUGUUUCACAGGAAGCCCCAUUAGUGGUGACUCGAUCGUUGUUCUCUGAAAACACACACUUGUAAAAGUAUUUAGACCUAUUAAAGGUUUGUCACAUUUUCGUCAGACUGACUUUGAUGUGUUGUGUUGGAGUUUUACGGAAAGAAAAUGACACAUGGUUUUCAAAAUCGUCUACAAAUAUUUUACUAAUUGGCUUCUUUUAAUCUGAUACCCCUAAAUCACUAAAUUAAAUCUAUUUCCUUCUAAAUUUGCCUAAUUACUACAACCUGUGUGUAACCCCCCCAUGAAAUUUCACUCUUUUAGGCCACAUUUCCUGUUUAUACAGGGCUUACGAGGGCAGUAACCCAGGGUCCUAAUUUUGGGGGUUGGCCCAAAAGAUCUUUUUUUUUUAAAUGAAUGCAUGUUUUUCAAACAUUUUUGCUUUAUUUAACACUAAUAGGCCCACAUCAGGUAAGGUCUAUUAAUAUUUUGUAAUUUUUAUGAAUGUAAACAAUACUCAAAUACUUAAAAAAUGUGAAGUUAUGCUUAAUUUUUAUGUAACAACAUGAAGCUGUUAACCAGGGGACGUAUCAAACCUGCAUCAAUUCACAGCUGCUGAUGUGAAGGACUAAGGACAGGGCACCAAAACUGGCUCCGGGCCCAGGGACCCACAUCCUUCUAAAUCCGGCCCUGCACAUGUUCAAAUUAUACAAGGAAGACAUUGAAAGUCAUGUCUGAUUAGACAUUAACAUUUCAACUAGGCCUGGACCAUAUUGGGGAAUUAUGUGUGGCAAAAAGUACACACUUUCCUCUCUCUCUCUCUCUCUGUGCAUCCAGCACUCUGUGUGACUUUUGGCACCUUGGGGACUGUCACUCGUGUCAGGUGUGGACAUCUACGGCUGCGACACUCUUCAUCAGCAAGCAGAAAAUGACACUGACAAGGUGUGGGCUCAUAACACUUGGAACAUUUGACCCAGCAAAUUAUUGUUUGGCGAUAUUUAUGCUGUUGCAUUGCAAUUUUUUUUUUCUCCACAUUUUUACUUUUGAGCCACAGCUUUGCAUUGUUAAAAUGGAAGAUUUUUAUUACUUCAUCAAUAUAAAUUAUGCUGGGAGAUUAUUAGCCAUGCAAAGGUCUGGUCUUUAUUAGAAUGAGUCAAGAAGAAAGCCAUUGUUGGAAGCAGCGACUUUUAGAGACAUGGAGAAGAUGAAUGAAGCUUUCUGGAAGAAAACCCACACUAUCCUUUAACUAGUAGUUUAGAUCUAAGUAUGUUCAAAAGAUAGGAUGUCCUACUCAAAGUCCAUAUUGAGAAUUGGAGCUAAGAACUGGAAAUGACACACUUUAGCGAUCCACCUCAACUCAAUCUGAGCAAUUCGCAAAGGCAAAUGGGAAGAAAUGUUGGUUGAUGAGCAAAGGUGGAUACUUAUGUGAAAAACUGAAGAUGGGAGGGGAAAAAACCCGCUUCAAGACAGCUACCUUACUGUCUACUUAUGCACUUAUACAGGCCCAUACUUUGCCAACUUGCACAAAAGGCUACGGGGUGGGUGCAUCAGAUAAUGAUGGAUUCGGUGCCAAGUAGACCCUCGGGGAGCCAGGCCUCUCUGUUUUAGCCAACUCAACACUUUCUUGCCCAAAAAAAAAAAAAAAAUCUAUU